AUGACUGAAGUCAUCUCUACCGUCAGUGACACCCUCAACGUGCCCAUCGAGCGUGUCUGGGCUGUGGUCUCUGCCUUUGGCAUCGAGAAGGCCUACUUCCCAGGAGUUCUGAAGGCUUCUCUGAAGGGCUGGGGCAUCGGCUCCAUCCGCCACCUUUGGUUCCACGAGUUUGAGGUUGACGAGCAACUGGAAAUCUGCGACCCUGAAACCUACAAGGUUACUUAUCGCGUACUUGAGCCAUGCCCGUUUCCUGCAAAGAACUGCACCGGCAACAUCGAGCUGGAGUCAUUGGAGGGUGGCAAAACUAAAAUCACCUGGACCGGUCGAGCCGAUUACAUUGAGCCUGAGCAGAAGGUCUUCCUCUGGGACAAUUUGCAUGGUAGAUAUACAGGCGCCAUUUUGGGUGUUCGCAAGCUGGUUGAGUGA